UUAAUAGUCAGUCCAGGGAUCCCGAAGGCUGUGGAAGUAGAAACAGUGCUGGAUCCUGGGUCAAUGUGACAAUUCCCUGCGUACAUCCCAUCCUCUGACUCCUGGAACCGUGUCAUUGUGCCUGGACUUGUCCUCUGAGGGUGAUGGGUCGCAAGCACUGUGAGGAAGCCUGGAAUGAGGCCGAGAAGUCAGACGCCCUCUGCGCCCGAUCGAAGGACCCGGGCUCGGAGGGGAAGAUGGAGGAUCGAGGGCAAUGGGGCAAUAAAGUCGAAUUCGUCUUGUCCGUUGCUGGUGAAAUUAUUGGUCUGGGGAAUGUUUGGAGAUUUCCUUAUCUCUGCUAUAAGAACGGAGGCGGAGCCUUCUUCAUCCCUUAUCUCAUCUUCCUCUUCACCUGCGGCAUUCCGGUCUUCUUGUUGGAGACGGCAUUGGGCCAAUACACCAGCCAGGGAGGCGUCACCGCCUGGAGGAAAAUCUGCCCCCUCUUAGAAGGCAUUGGAUAUGCCUCACAGGUGAUUGAAUCCUACCUGAACAUCUACUAUAUUGUCAUCCUCUCCUGGGCUCUGUUCUACCUCUUCAGCUCAUUCACUGCCGAACUGCCGUGGGCUUCCUGCAACCACACCUGGAACACAGAAAACUGUGUUGAUGACAUCAAAAAUUUCCAGAAUUAUACAGCAUCUCCAAAUGCUACCUCACCUGAGGUGGAAUUUUGGGAGAACCGGGCGCUGGGCUUGUCCUCUGGGAUCGAUCACCUGGGAUCGAUCCGCUGGGAUCUGGCACUGUGUCUCCUUCUUGCCUGGAUCAUCUGUUACUUCUGUAUCUGGAAAGGCGUCAAAUCCACUGGAAAGGUUGUAUACUUCACUGCUACCUUUCCAUAUCUGAUGCUGAUCAUUCUGUUGAUUCGAGGAGUGACGCUGCCUGGAGCCUACGAAGGGAUCAUUUUCUAUCUAAAGCCAGACAUCAGCCGGCUGAAGGACCCUCAGGUGUGGAUGGACGCAGGGACCCAAAUCUUCUUCUCGUACGCCAUCUGCCAGGGAUGUCUGACAGCGCUGGGGAGCUACAACAAGUACAACAACAACUGCUAUAGGGACUGCAUAGCGCUGUGCUUCCUGAACAGCAUCACCAGCUUUGUGGCGGGCUUUGCCAUCUUCUCUGUUUUGGGGUUCAUGGCUCGGGAACAGGGGGUCCCUAUUUCUCAGGUGGCAGAGUCUGGUCCUGGACUUGCUUUUAUUGCCUAUCCAAAAGCUGUAACAAUGAUGCCUGUGGCACCUCUCUGGUCAUGCCUCUUCUUCCUUAUGCUCAUCUUCUUGGGACUCGACAGUCAGUUUGUCUGUGUAGAGAGCCUAGUGACAGCCAUCGUAGAUAUGUUUCCUGAGGUGUUCCGGAAAAAAUAUCGCCGUGAAUUCCUCAUUCUGGCAAUAGCCAUCAUCUGCUAUCUCCUGGGACUCGUCCUGAUAACUGAGGGUGGGAUGUACGUCUUCCAGCUUUUCGAUUAUUAUGCUGCCAGUGGGACCUGCCUGCUGCUGGUUGCCAUCUUUGAAGUAGUUUGUGUCGGCUGGGUGUACGGAGCCGAUCGGUUCUAUGACAAUAUUGAGGAUAUGAUUGGCUAUCGGCCGUGGCCACUGGUAAAGUUUUGCUGGUUGGUGGCUACCCCUUCUGUCUGUAUGGGCACAUUCCUAUUCUCCCUCAUCAAGUAUACGCCCCUGAAGUACAAUAAUCGCUAUGUGUACCCACCAUGGGGUUACGCUAUAGGCUGGCUCAUGGCUACCUCAUCGAUGAUCUGCAUCCCGGUCUAUGCCGCCUAUAUCACCCUACGGACCAAAGGUCCAUUCAUACAGAGGCUGAAGCAGCUCGUGACCCCACAUGCUGACCUUCCUCAGCCAAAGAAGUAUUUGUCAGACUGCGACAGCACCGGGAAAUUUGGAGCAUUGAGCGUGGAAGUCAAGGAUGGACUUAUUGCUCCUGACAAAGAGACGCGGUUCUGAUGCAGGAAGAAAAAUCUAGUACAGUAAUCCAGGGACUGGUACAGAAGGAGGACUUUACUGCCCAGUCUAUACAAGGACUUCUAACAAAACCUACAGCCCAACAAUUUACCUGUUUCAUCCUUUUCACUGCAACUGUAUCUUCACCAGUGGGUUGUGUCCCCAAAUGGGGUCCCAGUCUAAAGCUUGGGUUCGCCAGAUUUAUGACACAUACCUGACAUUAUGUGAGGAUUUAGCAGGAACCCCAUUCGUUAAUAGAAGAGUGAUGGUCCCAGAUAUAUUUGACACUUACAGACCUUUUUAAAAAAAAUUAGUAGACCACCACUUGGUCUCCAGUUCUAGGCCGUUUUGUCUACCAUCUAAUCUAGCAGAACCCACACAUGUGUUAGUUUGGUCAUGCAGU